AUUAAAUUAGCCGAUGUCCGUUUAGACAAACGCAUAGAGUAAAGUGAAGACAUUGUAUAUAAGACAGUGUAUUUAAAUUCUGGCAGUCUUUUAUUUCAAAGGUCAUUCACGGCUGUAUCUGCACAAGAAAACUAUUAGUGUAGGCGUGUUUUGAGUACACAAAUAUUUUUUUAUUGCCAGUUGAGCAAAUAUGUAUAUUUACAAGAGAGAGAUUUGAUUUGUGCGUUGUGUUGAAAGUGAAAUUAGUUGAUAUAUUAUUACAUUUAAUAAUAAUUGUGUGAAUAUUGUGUAUGAAUACGAUCAAAUCAAUACACACUUGUAGUCUAUUAAUGAAAAGUAGUUCCGCCUUCGUUUUAAUUGAAUAAAAAUACUAAUUCGUUUCACUUAGCAAAAAGGAAAAAAACACAGGCACACGCACAAACACGUUUUCAAAUAACAGCAGUUGGUCAUUUGGUCAGUUACACAGCUGUCAUCCUAAUGUUUACUAAUUAAGCCAUAUGUCACUGAAGGGAAAAGAUCCGUUGAUUGCGCUGCCAACUGUUUCAGACCCACUUAGAAAUUUGUUAUUUACUCAUUAACAUUGAUUGAAAAAAGAAUAACGUGUAAUACAUGUGUAUGUACAUAUAUUCGGCUUACAAAAAGAAUAAAAAAUAAGUAACAAUUAAAUUAACCGUAAGCCUCUGUUAUUGUAAACCUCAAAGCGUUUGUGAAUGUGCGCCAAUAAUAUUGCAUUCCCAUUACAAACAAACAAGAAAAAAGCAUAGGUAAAUAAUACAACAAAUGUGCCAGAAAUAUAGAAAGCAAAAAAAAAAAGCAGCGAAUAAAAAUAAAUUCAACCACAAAAACUCAAGAAAGUAUAUGUGCAACGGAUAGCAAUUGCAUGCGAUUUGGCCUCGAGGUUCCUGUCACCACAAACGCCGGCAUUUCGUUUUGUUUUGUUUUUCAUUUAAGUAAUUUUUUUUUUAGCUUUUAUUUCAAUUUUCUUUGACAAUAAACAGAACAACAACAAUAGCAACAAAUUAAGAACUGUUGGUUGGCCCUCAAUAAGACAGCGCCCUCAACCGCGAGGAAUUUGCUAAUUUUCAUUGUCAAUUUCAGUGGCAGUGUAACCGUCCGCCCGACAUGUUUGAAAUACAAAAAGUGUUAAGCAUUCAAAUUAGUAGUGUUUGAGGCCAAUUAUAAAACAGAGAAACUAAAUACAAUAACUAAUCGUAAUAGAAAUUAAAAGUUCCAAAUAAAUAAAAAAUAGUUCUGCAGCGUCUGACGUUUUUUUUGGAAUUUUUAUAUACAUUUGUAUUAAAAUGUCACAUAAUAAUAAAAGUAUGCAAUAUCUGUCCGUCAAUACGGAAGAUUAUUUGCUACCUUUACGUCCGGCUCAUCGGCGCAUUAGUCGUUCUAUUUCUCCCGGUUUGGAUACAAUGGAAUCGUUGGAUGAGUGUGAAAGUCAACAUGAUUUGAGGAAGACGGCAAGCAGUAAAUCACUUUUACUCCUACACAAAUUCACAUCAAGUGAUUCGAAUCUGAGCACCACAGCAGAGAGCACGACAAGCACACGCAAAGCGAUUUAUAAAUCCACCGAAAGCCUCUGUUUUGGCCGUCCUAAGAAACGUUUACAUCGCCAGAUGCAAAUAAGUGAAAUCUAUCGACCGCGUCCACGUUGUAAUACAGAUCCAGUGGAAACUGAUAGUUUGCGUAGAAAAAAGUUACCAAUACCGCUACUAACUGUCCCACCGGAAACAUCAAAUUCGGAAUGCAGUUCACUUUCUAGCUCAGUUGCGCCCACACCUUUACUUGGACGGAAACAUCAUCAACGUCGCUCGACCGCAUUGAGUUCUUUGAUUGAGCAAGCAUUGAAAGUGACGACGGCAUCAGUUGGCCUUAAGUCUGCCAAAACGGAUGAGAGAUUAACUCAACAGGCAACAAAAACGGCAAAUGAUGAUAAUGUCAAACGCAGACUUUCAAGUGACUUACUUGCGUAACAGAAAUAUUCAGAGUAAAGAAGCUGCGUGUAGGAUAUUGCUUCGAAAAAUAGAUUGGUUGUGUGUAUGUAUUUAGCUGUA